AAAUAAGGGAAAUUGAUCCCAUGCCGGUGACGUCGUGGUGGGCCUGGCUGAGUCGGGGCUGGGCUCGGAGGGGGCGGGGGCUGUCGCGACUGCUGUUUCUGGUUCGACCCCUGUCGCAGCCGAGGCGCUCCUAAACGGGCCGCGGCAGUUGCGCCCUUUUCGGAAGGGGGCGACCCACCGAGGCCUGUCGCCAUCAUGCACGACGCCUUCGAGCCGGUGCCGAUUUUGGAAAAACUGCCUCUGCAGAUCGACUGUCUGGCUGCUUGGGAGGAAUGGCUUCUCGUUGGGACUAAACAAGGACACCUCCUUCUUUAUAGAAUUCAAAAGGAAAUUGGAGAGGUUACGACAUCAGAAAGUGGCUGUUGCAACAGAUUUGAAGUGACUCUAGAGAAAUCAAACAAGAACUUCUCCAAGAAGAUUCAGCAGAUCCAUGUUGUAUCCCAAUUCAAAAUUUUGGUCAGUUUGUCAGAAAACAACGUUUAUGUUCAUGACCUGUUGACAUUUCAACAGAUCACAACUGUUCCCAAGGCAAAGGGUGCAACUCUCUUCACAUGUGAUCUGCAGCACUCUGAGACAGGAGAAGAAGUUCUGAGGAUGUGUGUGGCAGUUAGAAAGAAGCUGCAGCUGUAUUACUGGAAGGACAGAGAUUUCCACGAGCUGCAGGGAGACUUCAGUGUGCCAGAUGUACCCAAGUCAAUGGCAUGGUGUAAAAAUUCCAUCUGUGUGGGUUUCAAGAGAGACUACUAUCUCAUAAGGGUGGAUGGAAAAGGGUCAAUCAAGGAACUCUUCCCCACAGGAAAGCAGCUUGAGCCACUGGUAGCCCCUUUGGCAGAUGGCAAAGUUGCUGUAGGCCAAGAUGAUCUAACUGUUGUGUUAAAUGAAGAAGGGACCUGUACCCAGAAAUGUGCCUUGAACUGGACUGAUAUCCCAAUAGCCAUGGAACACCAGCCUCCAUACAUUGUGGCAGUACUGCCACGAUAUGUAGAGAUCCGUACUUUUGAGCCCCGUCUCCUGGUGCAGAGCAUUGAACUACAGAGGCCUCGCUUCAUUACUUCUGGGGGCACAAAUAUUGUGUAUGUGGCCAGCAAUCAUUUUGUUUGGCGCCUCAUUCCGGUUUCCAUUGCAACCCAAAUCCAGCAGCUUCUCCAAGAUAAACAAUUUGAAUUGGCUCUGCAGUUGGCAGAUAUGAAAGAUGACUCUGAUAGUGAAAAGAAACAACAAAUCCAUCACAUUAAGAAUCUCUAUGCUUUCAACCUCUUCUGCCAAAAACGCUUUGAUGAAUCCAUGCAAGUCUUUGCCAAACUUGGUACAGAUCCCACCCAUGUAAUGGGUCUCUAUCCUGAACUGUUGCCCAGUGAUUACAAGAAACAGCUCCAGUAUCCCAACCCAGUGCCAGUUCUUUCCCCAGCAGAGCUGGAGAAAGCACAUUUGGCACUUAUAGACUACCUAACUCAGAAAAGAAGUCAGCUGGUGAAGAAGCUGAAUGAUUCAGACCAUCAGUCUAGUACUUCCCCACUUAUGGAAGGAACUCCCACCAUCAAAUCAAAGAAAAAACUGCUGCAGAUCAUUGACACAACUCUGUUGAAGUGCUACCUCCAUACCAAUGUAGCCCUAGUGGCACCACUGUUGAGACUGGAAAACAAUCAUUGCCACAUUGAGGAAAGUGAGCAUGUGCUCAAGAAAGCCCAUAAAUACAGUGAGCUGAUCAUACUAUAUGAGAAGAAAGGUCUGCAUGAAAAAGCCUUGCAGGUGCUAGUGGACCAGUCAAAGAAAGCUAACUCGCCUUUGAAGGGCCAUGAGAGGACAGUACAGUAUUUGCAACAUUUGGGAACUGAGAACUUGAAUUUAAUAUUUGCCUAUUCUGUUUGGGUGCUUAGAGAUUUUCCUGAGGAUGGAUUGAAAAUAUUUACAGAAGAUCUUCCUGAGGUGGAAUCUCUCCCACGCUACAAGGUUCUUAGCUUCUUGAUAGAGAACUUUAAAAACCUGGCUAUUCCCUAUUUGGAACAUAUAAUCCAUACAUGGGAAGAGGCUGGUUCAGAAUUCCACAACUGCCUGAUUCAGCUCUACUGUGAGAAGGUGCAAGGCUUAAUGAAGGAAUAUCUCAGCUCUUUUCCUCUGGAUAAAGCCACAGUGCCUGCAGGAGAAGAGGAGGGGGAAUUAGGAGAAUACAGGAAAAAUCUUCUCUUCUUUCUUGAGACGUCCUGUUGCUAUGAUGCUGAGCAGCUCAUCAGUGACUUUCCCUUUGAUGGCCUCCUAGAAGAACGUGCUCUGUUGUUGGGACGGAUGGGGAAUCAUGAACAAGCCCUUUUCCUAUACGUUCAUAUCCUGAAGGAUACAAAAAUGGCUGAGAACUACUGUCACAAACACUAUGACAGAAGCAAAGAUGGCAAUAAAGAUGUGUACUUGUCUCUGCUCCGGAUGUAUCUCUCACCACCUAGUGUUCAUUGCUUGGGACCAAUAAAAAUGGAAAUACUAGAGCCUAAAGCCAAUCUCCAGGCUGCAUUGCAAGUUUUGGAACUUCAUCACAGCAAGUUGGAUACUACCAAAGCUAUAAACCUCCUCCCAGCAAAUACUCAAAUUAGUGAGAUCCGAAUCUUCCUGGAAAAAGUCCUUGAAGAAAAUGCCCAGAAGAAGCGGUUUGGUCAAGUUCUUAAAAACCUCCUCCAUGCUGAAUUCCUUAGAGUACAAGAGGAACGGAUUUUACAUCAGCAAGUGAAAUGUAUAAUCACAGAAGAAAAGGUUUGCAGUGUGUGCAAAAAGAAGAUUGGAAAUAGUGCCUUUGCCCGCUAUCCAAAUGCAAUAGUUGUGCAUUAUUUCUGUUCCAAGGAAGUUGGUGCAGUGGACACAUGAAAACAUUCUCAUUCAUGCAUUACAUGCAGUAGCCAUGGUGCUCACAUGGAAGGAGAGAUGAGACAAGCAACCUUUGUCUUCAAGGAAUCUUCUGAGGCAUGUUGGUUACAAACAGCUCAAGCCCCAAGUUGUUUCACCAGAUGACUCCCCUUGCAAGCUGCCAACAUUGGCUUAGUAGGAAAACGGACAUCUAACAAUGCUUUGAUAUACGUGGCACUAAACUAACCUCAUAGCAUUUCAGCAUGAGGAAGAAUUAAAACUAAAUGGGAAUGAGCUUCUAUUGCACUACAGAUCUUGCAGCAGUAACCUUCAGACUGUUCUGAUAUUGACCAAUAAAGGCCAAGUCAUGUUAAAAAUGAGAUGGGAAUGGGGCGGGUGGGGGGAGAGAAUACAUUAUGUGUGUGGAUUCUACAUUCCAAUCAUAGAUGGAAAAAUUCUUACAUUGUAACUUUUCAGCAUUGCAUUGAGAUCUACUUUUAUCAGCCAUUUGGAGGCUGGCACUUCCAGAAAGGCUGUGCCCAGAUUUUUCUUCCUCUUAGUGUUAGGAAUAUUGGCUGGAGAAUAUUGCCCUUUGCAUCUGAAGUGGUUAUUAUCACUAAGAUAAGAGUUCCAAAGGAACUAGUUUCAUACAAUAUGAUAAAAACUGGAAAACGUAUUCUUUUAGUUUUGUUUUUGAGAACUAUGUAAAUAUGAAUGAAGAUACUAUUUGCACUGUGUACAGUCACUUCCAUUAUGAAUGGAAUGAAAAGUGGUAAUGGUUUUCUGAAGGGAAGGGGAACUAGCAUCUGCACUCGUACCAAAAAGUAAAAUGAGCAACCCUUUAGAGAAUUUCAUUUUUAAAAGGGGUGGUUUUUUUCAUGCUGCUUGAGAAUUUGAUCUACUUUGGAGUCACAAUUGCAUUGAAACAAUCAAUUUUUUAUGCACCCUUCAGCUUCAAGUAAAGCAGACUUUUACUUCAAUGUCAGUAUUUCAAGUUCCUUAAGCUAAGUCAAGUUGGUACUGUUCUGUAAUUUUUUGGGUAUCUAGAUCACUCUUAAUACUGGAAAAUCUUAGCUUGCAACACAUGCCCUCACAGGUUGUAACACUUUUGUCUGACUUUUUCCCUCAACAUCUAAUCCAUUAUGAAAGGCAUAUACUUUUUUUUCUUUUGUGUGUCCUCAUGAAUGUAAAAACAAUCUCAGCAAAUAAGUCUAGGCUCGUGAUUUGAGUAACUGGAGGGGGAAAUUACCUCAACAUACCAGUUGAGCUUUUUUUUUUUUUAAUACUACUCAUUUGGUGAUUAGGGCAUAGAAUCCAUUUCAAGUUUUUUUGCCUAAAAUUCACCAUUGUCCCUAGAUAAGUGCAUUGAGGAAAUAAUAGAUAAGGAAAAUCAUUACCAGGAUCUUUGGAUUUCACUCACAGUACAUGUUUGAAAGGUUUCAAGGACUUGUUGAAGCAGGAGGAUAAAGUGGUGUUUAUCUGUUGCAAAACAGCUUGGCCCUUUUUUUGGCAGCUCCUUCCCUGGUUACUUCCAUCACAAUUGCAGUGAAUUCUAUCCUCAAGGUCAGUGAUUUGGGCAGUAAAUACCGAUUGUGUCUUACUGCUGGUUUGGGGGUUGUUCUUGUGCUGAGAUGAAAACACUUUUUGGUACUUUGUAUUUCUUCUAUUUGAGCAAGAGAGUGUACAAUUAUAUUGGGUUGUAUUUGUGCAUUUAUUAAGGAUCUUUUGUUUCUAAACCAGACCAGGCAUUGUGGCUGGAGAUUGGAUGAGAGAUUCAUCUAUAAUGGACAGCAAAAGGAAGUUAUUCUACAAAAACUAAUCUGUGCAGACCAUUGUGGCACUACUGAUACGUCUGCUGUCAAUAAAGCUGUGUGCUCUACUGAAGUAACUCAAAUGUACUUUUCCUCCUUCACAGCAAAACAUGUAUGUGCCUCAGUUCAGCUUUCUUACAUAGCUUUUGCAGAGAUGUGGUUUGUGCUAUAAUUGCCUGCUGGUAAUCUUGCACAGUAUCUGAGACUUACUAACUGUACAGCAGGUUUAUUUAAAGCAAUAAAUUAUUGUAAAGAUUUGAAAAAUCG